AUGAAUGAACUAAAAGUUGAUUGUAUAAAAUACAAAUCGUUCAAUGAUACAUUCAGAUUUUGCUCUUUUGCACUUGCCUUAGGGCUUAUUUACCCGAACCGUAAGAAUGUGUGUCUAAGAUCAACGCUUUUCUUCUUUGUACUGCUGUUUAAUUUUGGUACGCUCUUUUGGUUCAUAUGGUACACUCUCAAAUGUUUGUGGCAACUGGACAUUUAUAACUCAACGAGAAACAUAACGGUUGGAGUUAUCAUCCUACUUUUUGUUUUUAAAACCAUUUAUGCACAUUUUAAAACUGAUUUGUUCGCAUCUCUGUUAGAGCAGAUUACUAAAGAUUUAUUGAAAGGAAACAACCUGGAUGCAGACUAUCAAGAAAUUUACGACUAUUAUAUAAAACAAGGCCUGUUCGGUCAGAAAUGUUACGUAUGGAUUCCCAUUAUUUUGACAUCGAUAUUCCCUGCAUACGCCGGUAUAAGCAUGACUUACGAAAGCUUGAGAACUGAUAACUACAAAAAGGUUAUGUUGCAUGAAAUGGAUUUGAAAUUUAUUGAAGACAAGCAAUACGAUUUCCCAUAUUUUGAAUUAGUAUUUGCAUACUACUUCUUGGGGAUUUGUGUUCUGGUGCCUAAUUUUGCAGGCUUCGAUGGGUCGUUCUGUAUUGCGACCAGUCACCUCCGUAUGAAAAUAAAGCUUAUGACUCAUAGCAUUCAAAGAGCUUUUACGGAUUCGAAGGACAUAUUGGAGCUAAGAGCGAGAUUGAAGACUUGUGUUAAAGAUCACCAAGAAGCGCUUGAGUUUUAUGUUCUGAUUCAGAAACUGUAUGGAGGCUGGUUAUUCGCUGUAUUUCUGCUGACUUCGUUCCUGAUCUCUUGCAACCUGUAUCAGAUAUAUCUGACUGGCGUUGACCCCAGAUACACAAUGUUCGCUGCCACUGGCGUAUUUCACAUGUACACGCCAUGCUACUUCGCGAGCUGUUUGAUUGAGUUAGGCGAACAGUCCUGCACAGACAUGUACUGCGCUGCAUGGGAGACCUGGGCCGACCCGGCCGUCACCAAGCUGCUCAUGUUCAUCAUGGCUCGCUCGCAGAAGCGCCUCCUGCUUGACGGAUUGGGCAUCGUCACCUUCAACAUGGAGAGCUUCGUGUCGCUGAUGCAGACCUCUUAUUCUUUCUUUACUUUGAUCACUAGUAAAUAA